AUGCACGACCACGAUAGAAGAUUGCAUGGUCCCCAGCAACAGCCGAGAUUCCUUCCAAGACGCAAACCAGUGACUUACUUUGAUCCAAUCACAAAGGAAAAGAUCGGGUACCUGCAUUCUGAACAACCUCCAAAGAAGACUCUGAGUGAGAUCAAAGCAAAACUUGGUGGUCAGCCAACUGCUCAAAAGCAUCCAGAGUAUCGCCGGAACCUAGCUAUGUCGUCUGUGCCACAGUUGAUCGCCUCUGCGGGAGCUCCUAAACAAGGAACAGCACCGCCGGCGUUUGGGCCUGCGGCUGCGGCUGCGGCUGCUACUUAUCUUCCCACUUUGUGGGUUGAUCAUGAUUUCCUCACCCUCAAGUGUGAGCAUGCAUCAACGGUUGAACUUCAACAUGAAGAGUUGAAAAAACAAGUAAGAAAGAUGUUGAAUGCUACUGCUGCAACAGUCGAUCAAGCUUGUCAGAAAUUGCGAUUAAUUGACGCUGUUCAGCGCUUAGGUCUGGGUUACCACUUCGAGAGUGAGAUCGAAGCUGAGUUAUCGAACAUGAUGAUGUCGUCGUCUCCCGUUUCCGAAUCCGUUGCUAAUGAUCUCAACUCAGCUGCCCUCUGGUUCCGUCUCCUCAGACAAAAGGGCUUUCAUGUCUCCCCAGGUAAUUAA